AUGGAGUAUGGAGUGCAAGAAAUUUUAAUUAUAACCGCUGGGAUUAUUAUUCUUGCUAUUUAUUAUUGGUCCACAGCGAAGCAUAAUCACUGGAAACGCUUGGGAGUUCCUGGACCAAAGCCAACACCAUUGGUUGGAAAUAUGGGUCCGUUUUUCUUAGGGAAGAAAGCGAUGGCUGAAAGACAAGAAGAAAUGUACAAAGAGUGGAAAAAUGAACCGUUUUUUGGGUUUUACAAUUCACGAAUGCCAGUUUUAAUGAUAACUGACCCCGAUUUGAUACGACUGGUGUUGAUAAAAGAUUUCCAGGCAUUUUCAGGUCGUGGAAUUAAUAUCAAAGACGACGACCCUCUGGCAAAUCAUCUGUUCAAUAUCGACGGGCAUAAAUGGAAAGUACUGAGAGCCAAGUUGACGCCAGCGUUUACUACAGGGAAACUUAAGUUGAUGAUUGAUUUGAUGGUAGAAUGUGCAAACCAUUUUGAAAGGUAUUUGCUAAAUCAAGUUGGCAAAGGAAAAGUUAUCGAGUGUCGGGAAAUAGCGGCUAAAUUUACCACGGACGUAAUUGGGUCUACGGCUUUUGGGAUUAAUAUGAACGCGCUGGAUAGAGAGGAUAGUCAGUUUAGGAUAAUAGGAAGAAAAAUGUUCGAGCCGUCUGUUAUUAAUAUGUGUAAGCGGCUGUUGCGGGAUUUUUCACCGAGACUUUUUAAACUUCUUAACAUUGAAAUAAUCCCCAAAGCACAUACUGAUUUUUUUGUGAAUUCUAUUCGAGAGACGAUAGAAUUCCGUGAGACAGAAAAGAUUGUUCGUCAUGAUCUUGUUGAUCUUUUGAAAGAUAUAAAAAAAAAUCAGCAUGAAAUUGAUUUUGAGGUGACCGAGGGACUCCUGACAUCUCAAGCGUUUGUAUUUUUCGCGGCUGGUUUUGAAACUUCUUCUACGACUAUUUCUUUUGCUCUUUAUGAAAUGGCGCUUAAUCUUGGAGUUCAAGAAAAAUUGAGAAAUGAAAUACAUGAAACAUUAAAAAAACACAACGGUAAAUUGUCUUACGAUAUUAUCAAUGAAAUGAAAUAUCUCAAUAUGGUUUUACAAGAAACUUUAAGAAAAGAUUCACCUGCAAUUUUAUUGAGAAGAAAAUCAGUUCUACCUUAUAAAAUACCUAACAGCAACAUAACUUUGCCAACUGGCACCGCGAUUGAGAUUCCAGUGUACAGUAUUCACCACGACGAGCAGUAUUACCCAAAUCCAGAAGUUUUUGACCCAGAAAGGUUUAACGAAAAUGAGAAGAGACAUCAGAUGGUUUAUUUACCUUUCGGUGACGGGCCUAAGAACUGUAUUGGAUUGAGAUUUGCUGCUUAUCAAUCUAAACUUGGUAUUAUUUCUGUUUUAAGACACUUUAAAGUUUUACCUUCAGACUCUCUUCAAAUACCUUACCAAAUUCACAAAGCAUCUAUUAUUCUAUCAGCUGCCGGUGGGAUCAAUUUGAAAUUCGAACCACUGGUUUGA